UUCCGUUCUAAAUGGCGGGGUUAAAGUUGUCUUUUAAUUUCGUGGUGGUGUUGUAUCAUGUGUUCAUGGCUACAUGUUUCUGUUACAGUGAGAAUAACAUGUUCCCAAGUUCUGAUGAAAUUCAGAAGCUUUUAAAUAGCUUAAAUAAACCUCCAGUUAAAUCCAUUAAGAGCCCUGAUGGUGAUAUAAUAGACUGUGUUCAUAUCUCUCAUCAACCCGCUUUUGAUCAUCCCUUACUCAAAAAUCACACUAUUAAGGUGAGACCAAAUUAUCAUCCAACCUGGAUAAACAUGAUGAAUGCUUCAAAAGAUAGGCGUUCAUCGUCAUCAGUCACUCAAUUGUGGCACUCAAAUGGAAAAUGCCCUAAAAGAACUAUCCCCAUUAGAAGAACAAAGAAAGAGGACGUACUCAGAGCGGAUUCUUUUAGAAGUUACGGGAAGAAGAAGAGUACUUCUGUUGCUCAACCAAGCUCCAUUGAUGUUGAGCUCGAUGUGAGCAGGCGUUAUGAGUUUGCAUAUGCAUAUACUAGAGGGGAAUUCUAUGCAACUAUAGCAACAUUAAAUCUUUGGAAUCCAAGGAUUCAAGAAUCUAAUGAAUAUAGUUUGGCUCAAAUCUGGAUAGUAGGAGGUGAUUUAGAUACCAUUGAAGCUGGUUGGCAAGUUGAUCCAGAAUUGUAUGGAGAUACAAACACUAGGCUCUUUAUCUACUGGACUAGUGAUGGAUUUCAAAGAAAAGGGUGUUUCAAUCUGGAGUGUUCUGGUUUUAUUCAAAUCAGCAAUAAGAUUGCACUUGGGGCAACCAUGUCUCCUACUUCAGUAAUUUAUGGUUCUCAACAUGAUAUCACCAUAAUUAUCCUAAAGGACGUAGAAAGUGGGGAUUGGCUGAUGGUACUUAAUGACGAAAUAAUAGGAUAUUGGCCAUCCGAACUGUUUUCACAGUUAAGUGGUGAUCAGAGUGCUUCAUUGAUAGAGUGGGGUGGAGCAGUGGCGAACUCAGAGGCACACGGGCAUCAUACAACUACCCAAAUGGGCAGCGGUCGACUCCCUAACCAAGGGUAUAAAAACGCCAGUUAUAUAAAAGAUAUUGAAAUAGUGGACACCUCUUACACUUUAGGGACCCCAGAUGUCAAUCUUGUCAUGGAGCGCGGUUGCUAUGAAAUUUUGACGGGCAUCAAUGAUGAUUGGGGUAGAUACAUUUACUUUGGUGGACCUGGUCUAAACUCAAACUGCCCGUGAAUGAGAUCUGGAUUUUCGGUGUAAUGUAUUUGGAAUUCUAUAUUCCAUGUAAUAUGAAUAAAUUUAAAAACUACAAGUCCUAGUGUAAUAGAUUUGGAAUGUUGUAUUAUAAGUAAUUUAAAGGCCAAUUGGAUUUUAACACCUCUAA